AUGCCUACUUUUACUCUACCUGCAGACGCAGUGGCGAGGUUGUUGAAUGUGUUAGAGGAAUUAGUGCCUACUCAAGAUGGACUUCCAGCUCGCCAAGCUACUUCGCAUACGCAAGCACAGGUUGUUCAGCCAGUUGCAAAUACAGGGAAGUCUAAGGAUCUUAAGAAUUUCAUGAAUCUCAAGCCACCAAAGUUCGAUUCUACACAGGCUUUUAUUGAUCCUCAAAAGUUCAUUGUGCGUGGAUCCGCAGAGUCAUGGUGGAAUUCUGUUCAGAGAGGUAGACGAGCAAGGUUGCCACCUAUUACUUGGUCAGAGUGUUCAACUAUGUUUAUGGGUAGGUUCAUUUCACUGAGCAAACGCGAAAACAUGAGGUGUCAGUUUGAGCAAUUGCGCCAACGCACUUCGACAGUUACAGAGUAUGAGGCUAAGUUUACUGAGUUAUCCACGUAUGCACACUUUCUAGUUGCUGAUGAGUAUGAAAAGGGGAAAAUAUUUGUGGAUGGGCUUGAGCAUCGAUAUCGUGGCCCGGUGGUUAGGGAUGUUCGAGGUGGUUCCGACGAAGAAGUAGUUGACACUGCUCUACGUUUUGAGUCCUAUCAGAAGAGGGACAUGACCGAGCGAGAAAGUAAAAGGGCACGUAGCACCGGCAGAUUUAGUGGAGUUCCAUCUCGGGGCAAGAAAGGUUUUAACUGCGCGCAGUCCAGGCUUACUCAGUCAGAGUCAUUGGUGCAGUCUUCUGGGAACACGUUUUUGGUAAAGCAAGGUCAGCAACAGAUGCAAGGGAAGGAUAACGUUUCAUUUAAAUUUGGACAAUAUCUGAGAUGUAAUACAUUUGGUAGGAACCACUAUGGUCGUCACUUUGGUAUAGCUAGUAGUUGUUGUACUUGUAGAGAAAAGGGGCAUAUCGCUAAAUAUUGUCCUAAGGGUAACUCUGGUACUAAUUAG